UGUCACUUUAGAAUAGUAUGAACGUACACGUUCCUUUAUCACAUUCCUAUCUAAUAAAUUGACGAAGAAAAUAUCAUAAAACUAAUUACAUCGUGUUCAUUAGUGAUGAACAAGAUUAAUCUUUAAAGGUCAAGCAACCCUCCACGUUUUCUCAAAGUUUCAGAUCUCCUAAAUCUCACAAUCGGCAAGAACAAUGAACAAACCUGAAGAAGAAGCUUCACUUCUUGAAGAUUACGUCAGCGAUUCCGUCGACCACCGUGGAAGUCCCGCCGCAAAAUCAUCCACCGGCGGAUGGAGAUCCGCCUGGUUCAUCAUAGGUGUUGAAGUUGCAGAGAGGUUCGCCUACUUUGGAAUAGCUUGCAACUUGAUAACUUACCUAACCGGACCUCUCGGACAAUCGACAGCAACCGCCGCCGUCAACGUGAACACGUGGUCGGGAACCGCCUCCAUGCUUCCUAUUUUAGGAGCUUUUGUGGCAGACGCUUAUCUUGGCCGUUACCGUACAAUUCUUGCAGCGUCCCUCAUCUACAUACUGGGACUAGGACUAUUGACAUUAUCAGCUUCCUUGAUCCCUACGGGAGAGUCAGAGCAGCGCAUCAAUGUUUCUGCUAAGCCCUCUUUCUCGGUGAACGUACUUUUCUUCUGCUCUCUUUAUCUUGUCGCGAUAGGACAGGGAGGACACAAGCCAUGUGUUCAAGCGUUUGGCGCGGACCAGUUUGACUCGGGAGAUACAAAGGAAGUGAUCUCGAGAGGAUCGUUUUUCAACUGGUGGUUCUUGAGUUUAUCUGCUGGGAUAAGUCUAUCGAUCAUAGUGGUUGCGUACGUGCAAGAUAACGUUAGCUGGGCGUUUGGGUUUGGGAUCCCUUGCUUGUUCAUGGUUAUGGCUCUUGUUAUGUUUUUGCUCGGGAGAAAAUCCUACAGAUACCCUAAGGGAAACCAAGAGGAGAGCAAUAACGCUUUUGCAAGAAUCGGUAGAGUUUUCUUUGUGGCGUUUAAAAACCGGAAACUGAGUUUAACGGAUUCGGGUUUAGGACAAGGUCUUUUGGAGGAUGGUCCGUCUGAGAAACAUAGCGGUCGGCUCGAUUUCCUAGCCAAAGCGAUGAUUGCAAGGGAAGACGGUGCAGAGCCAUGUAGUGGUAGGGAUGUGGAAGACGCGAAGGCUUUGGUGAGGCUUAUUCCGAUAUGGAUCACAUCGGUGGUGAGCACGAUUCCGUAUGCUCAGUUCAUGACAUUCUUCACUAAGCAAGGUGUUACGGUGGACAGAAGAAUCUUACCGGGUUUGGAAAUUCCUGCGGCUUCUCUGCUGUCAUUCAUCGGUGUAUCGAUUCUCAUCUCCGUCCCGUUCUACGAGCAUGUGUUUCUACCGUUAGCUAGAAUGAUCACCAAAAAGCCUUUUGGGAUCACAAUGCUCCAGAGAAUAGGAGUUGGAAUGGUGCUUUCGAGCUUCAACAUGGUGCUCGCUGCAUUGGUGGAAACUAAACGGCUGAAUAUCGCUAGGGAACACGGGCUCGUGGACAAGCCGGACGUGACGGUUCCAAUGUCCAUAUGGUGGUUUGCUCCUCAGUAUUUGUUGCUCGGGAUGAUCGAUGUGUUUUCUUUGGUGGGAACUCAAGAGUUUUUCUACGACCAAGUCCCAACGGAGCUAAGGAGCAUUGGACUCUCGCUUUCUUUGAGUGCAAUGGGUCUUUCGAGCUUCUUGAGUGGUUUGCUCAUCACCGUGAUUGAUUGGGCUACCGGAAGAAACGGUGGAGAAAACUGGUUCAACACUAACCUGAACCGAGCCCAUGUUGAUUACUUUUACUUGUUGCUGGCUGCUUUCACGGCCAUUUCUUUCAUUGCGUUCUUGUUCAUCUCCAAGUUGUAUGUGUAUCGUCGAGUAGACCAAGUCUAAGAAUUCACAAAAGAAGUUUUCUUUUUUUGACAUUCAUAUCAUAGUUUGUGGUUCUAA